CAAGAAGUCCAGGGCAAGAGAUGGCCGAAGGGGCUAUUGUUGGAACCAGCGCCAGAUGACGUAGAUAGCGCCUAGAUAGUCCUGUUUUCAUACACACUUGCAUCUGGGUUGUGCGAUGAGAGCCAUCGACUCAACCAACGCCGAACCAUUCACAGGAACAGCAGGAUGCGACCACACAGAGGAGUCAUUGAGGAAGAGGAUGCGUCCACCUUGAAGCUUGGAGCAGAUUUCCAGGACGCUCACUGCUUGUUCGUGUCAGAGGUCAAGAUUUUGUUGGAUGCUUCCCAACGCCCCAACACGUCCGAGGUCUAUCAAAAGUCGCUCAACUAUGUUACCCAGUUCAAUCGAUUCACCAACCCCGAUGUUGUUCGCGAAGUCAGAGCUGGCAUGAACGAGGAACCGAUCCAUUCGCUUUUGACAGGAUUCGAAUUGGCGCAGCUCGCUAAUCUCUGCUGCGAGGAGGCAGAGGAAGCCAAGGCAUUGAUCCCCAGUCUUGCCAACAAGAUCGACGACGAGACGUUGCAGAACUUUUUGAACCAGACUUUAGAUCUCAAGAAGUUCCAAUCUUAAACAUGCCAAAAAAAUGCAAAGGCUCGCUUAGAUUUCACAGCAAUUAUAGCAUAAUAAGUUGAGAAG